AUGAAACUAUUGCCGCUCGGCUGUACCGGUUUUGACAGGAUUAUGAAUAGUAUAGCCGCGCGGCUAUGCGCUGCAUGUUUUAAUAAGAAGAGUAUAACCUUGCGCCGGUACUCCCCAUCACUGAUUGUUGUAAGACGAGGCUUGGAAGAUAUUGAGCUCAAGAACAUUCAAAUUCCCGAAGGAACCAACAUUGAGAUUCCAAUCCCAAUACUGCAGCAACUGCCUGAUGCCCUCGACUUCAAUCCGAAAAGAUUUGAGCACGGAGUUCUUGGGCCUUGCAAGUUUCCUCAGGCUUAUAUGCCAUUUGGAGUUGGUGCUCGCAAUAUCUGUUGGACAACACUUAGCCAUGACAGAAUUGAAGGUGAUUCUCUCUUAUUCUAUCCAAGUUUUGCUUCUCACUCUCCCCUGCAUACCAGCACUGCCCGGCUUUGA